UACGCUGGCUCUUAGAUCAUAAUAACUAUAAGCGAAUCACAGACGUGACGAAUAUGAAGAGGCGUCUGGAUUUACUAUAGUUUUUUACUCUACAAUUGGCAAGGCGGGAAUAGUUAGAAGUAUCUACCUAGACAGAUAAUUCAGCACAACACGAAGUUAUUCAAGAUAAACAUCACUUCUGAAGUAUUUAGUUUUAAUUGUGUUGUUUGUGUCGCGUUCGGGCCGCUAGGUGGGGGAGCGGUGGCGCCGGCGCACGUCGAGCCGAGCCACUCUAUUUGCGGUCUAGUGCUCGCGAGUGUCGCACUGAUAACUCGAUAUUGGUACCAGUGUUUGUGCAGUGUUGGCGCGAUCUGUGAAGUGCGCGAGUGUAGUGCCCCCAUCGCCCAGACGCGAGCGAUGCGCAUCAUCAACCAACGGAUUCUACUUCGAACUAGGAGCAGCAAACGUCUCUGACAUUGAAACCGUGAGGUGAACGCAGUCGAUGCGGCAAUUGAUGGAAACUGAUACGCCCCCUGCACUCUCAUGAGGAGCAUCUGCGCGCUAUGGGCGAUAAUAACUGCGCUGGCGCUAGUUAAGUGCGCUGGCGCAGAUCCUUUCGCUUCUGCAGUUGAUGACGGCGAGGACUUCAGCGUUGCCGUGUACGGUGUCGCGCCAGACACGUCGAAGACCAGCGGGGCGGCUCUAGCCGGGGUAGCUGCGCUGGUACUACGCACCGCUGGCCUGCACGCUGAACCGCAAAACCCACCCGGAAUCUGCACCGGACCGAAUGUAGAUCCCGAUAAGUGCGUUGCUGCCUCACUGGCAGCGCUAUCAAUCGGGCAUGCUCACGCUGCGCUGUUGCCAGUCCGCGCGACUGCCGUGCCUUCAGCUCCUCGACUCCGCGACUCCGGCCUCGAAGAACUCGGAGAUGCUGCGCCUCCGUGGCGCCGCACCUGCCUCGCCACUGCGCCACCCGCGCGGUCCCUACUCGACUUCGCGGAUUCGCGAAUUGCAUCCGUCUACCGUUUAACACCACACGACUUAAGCUACAACGGAUAUCAGUGUAAAUCUAAAAAUUGCACAUUCGUGCCAAAUUGGUGUACCAGUGAUAAUUCUACAUGUGCUACUGUACUGACAAGUGAUGAAAGUGAGAAAAAUGUUUUAGCAAAUCUAGUUCUCGAUAACAAAUUAUACGCGAGUGUUACUUUCCUGGGACCCAGAUUUAUGAAAAUAGUUGAAAUCCUUAGUGAUCGUCCUUUCGUUGUGUGUGAUAAAACUCUACAGUUGUCUUCUUUUAACGACAAAAGAAAAGUACUGGGUCCUCCACCGUGCCAGGGCACAGAUCCGUGUCCAUUUGAAGCUAAUCGCUUAAUAAAAAUUGCAAAUGUGCGUGCCCUUGCGCGAUACCCGAGUGCCUUACGCUCUCUCGUCCGACUCUCAUUUACUGCUGAAGAAUUAUCCAACUUAACGUCGCUGGCAGUAAAUGGGCCUGAAGAGGCAGCACGCUUAUUUGUCGCUGCACAUCCUUCUGCCACAUGGCCUGGAGAAGCACGCGUUGCUGUACUGCUGCCCGCCAGCACUAUGAGGGAAGCGUACGAAGCUCGUUCAUUCGAAAGCGCUGCAGAACUCGUGGAGAGAGAGCUGGAGCACGAACGUCAACCGCGAGCGGCACGUUUCAAAGUGGAGGUAUUCGACGAUGCGUGCUCAGCGCCGCGAGCGUAUAAAUACCUGACGGAUGCCCUGGGAACUGGGGAAUAUGGUGCGCUCUCGGCGUUAGCUGGGCCCGCUUGUGGGGCCGCUUUCGCCGACGUGGCGAGGCAAAGUCCCGCUCACGCAUUGCCCGUACUGGCGUAUACGCCUCAAACGCCGCCUCCACCGCCAGCUACGGCUUUGGCGUUACUCGCAGCUGGCGACGCUCGCCAAUAUUCUGAACUAUGGGCAGCAGUACUCGCUCGGAUGCACUGGCGGCGCUUGGCAAUUCUCAGUGAAACCGCAACACAUUCUUCUCUCGAUGUUGCUAAGCUGCAAUCUUACGAUGUCAACCACUUUGAGCUCGUCGAUGAUGGCACCGGCAUCCACAAAGAUCUCAUUGCUCAGUGGGCGAAGCGUGCGGCCUCCUCGAAUCUUCGUAUAGUGUACGCUUGUUUGGAAGAUGCGCGCGAGGUCAGAGCCGCACUGAGCGCCGGACAUGCAGCAGGCCUCACGCCUACUGCCGGAGCCGUGUGGAUACUGCCCGGCACACUGCCAGAUGGCUGGCUGCAACCGGACCGGGCUGAUUCCGAUGACUGCGGGCCUUCAUUAUCAGCGAUGGCCGAAGGUCAUUUGCGCGCAAUACCCGCCUGGCUUGCCGGGUGGAGUGAAGCCAAGCGGACGGAAUGGGAGAAACGCUGUCCUGGCUGCAAGGCUGACGCGGCGCUACUAUAUGACGCGCUGCGACUGUGGGCGGGAGCGCUGAGGCGUCUACUUGCCGCUAAACCUACCUCACUAGAUGACCUGCAUCGGCCAGACCUCGUUAGGACUCUCAUCGAUGACUUGACGUCCACUGUAUACACAGGACUGACUGGUCCCUUCAAAUGGAAUUCAUCUGACGGAGUGCACGCCCGAUUCACACCUCUCGUAAUCCAGCAGUGGCGAAACGGGACUUACUUCGACGUAGGCAGCUGGGACGGCAGCAACUUAUCGCUCGAUGUAACGAAACUGCGCUGGCUAACUAGCGACGGUCGAGAACCCGAUGAUGGGAGUGAGCACUGUGGUUUGCAGCCGCUAGCCGAUCUGUUGGGAGGAGAUUGCCGGGCAGCUUUCAUCGCACUCGCAGCCCUACUACUUGCUAUGUUAGUGGCAGCAUUAGCUGCGCUCGCAGUAUACUGCAGACGACGAGCUGAGCGCGAAUACCGCGCCCAUCUCGAAGCCCUUCGCUUACGCACAUAUGGAUUAAAACCUGGAGGCCUCGAUCGUUGGGAGUUACCACGGGAAAGAGUUGUGAUCAACAGAAAACUCGGCACCGGCGCUUUCGGAACGGUGUAUGGAGGGCACGCAUUACUCGCCGAAGACCGCGGCUGGACCGCUGUCGCUGUCAAAACAUUAAAAGCCGGCGCUUCCACCGAAGAGAAACUCGAUUUCCUGUCAGAAGCGGAGGCCAUGAAACGUUUCGACCACAAGAACGUUGUCCGCUUAUUGGGCGUAGUGACUAAGACCGAACCUGUGUGCACAGUGAUGGAGUUUAUGCUUUACGGCGAUUUGAAGAACUACUUACUGGCGCGGCGACAUCUCGCUGUGGAGAGUGGGUUUGGUAUGGAAGCUGACGAGACUUCAGAAGAAGUGUCUCCACGUCGGCUUACUAGUAUGGCGUUGGACGUUGCUCGGGCGUUGUCUUACCUAGCGCAAUUGCGUUACGUGCAUCGUGAUGUGGCAGCAAGGAAUUGCCUAGUAAGCGCACAUCGGGUGGUGAAGCUGGCAGACUUUGGCAUGACGCGCCUAGUGUUCGAGAACGAUUACUAUCGGUUUAGCCGUAAGGGCAUGUUGCCAGUGAGAUGGAUGGCACCUGAGAGUUUAGCCUUAGGCGUAUUUUCUCCGGCGUCAGACGUAUGGUCGUUCGGAGUGCUGCUCUACGAGAUAGUCACAUUCGGCUCGCUACCGUUCCAGGGACUCAGCAACAGCGAAGUCCUCACUCGUGUGAAAGCUGGGCACACGCUAGAACUUCCGACUGGAUUGAAGCCUCAAUUGGAAGGUCUAAUAAAGUCGUGUUGGCGGCAAGAUUACAAGACGCGGCCGGCAGCAUCCGAAGUAACCGCGUUCCUGGCUGACUCGCCGCGUCUUCUGGCGCCGUGUCUAGAUGUACCUUUAGACGCGAUGCCAUUGGACGCUGAUCCACCGUGGCGAGCAGCAAGAGACAGGGCAGAGGCUCGCUGGGUCUCAUGGGCCGCUCCGCCAUCAGCCGCUACCGAUACAACGUAUCUGAGCACAGAGGGACAGGCGCCGCAGGAGGGCGACGCUUUCCUCCCGUAACCACGACCGCUGAGAUGUGGGUGCGACAAAAGAAGCUUUACAUGUCGUAUAGGAUGUUAGCAUAUCCAGUUAUUUGACCUUCUUAAAUACCCACAACAAAACUUAUGUCAUUUAUAACCAGCUCGUACUGAAUGCCUUUGACUUAAUUUAACCGACAGCACGUAUGUGAACUUGGAGGAACAUGCGCCUCAUCAUAGGACGCUUUUCUCCAGUGACCACAGCAAUAGAAGAAACGAGAGCUUUACAUGUAGAAUAGGUGUCCGCGUAGCAGUUAUUGAACGUUAAUUAACAUCCAUUGUUUCAACAACAUUAUAUAAUUUGAUUGACGUUAAGCACUUUGUCCUUAAUUUAAUUUAUAAUUAGUGGCAUUCUCUAUUUCCUGAUACGUGAAAUAUUAAUAAUUUUUAUGUGUUAACCAUGUCAUCUUUAUCAUCAAGAAAAACAGGAUAAAAUGGUUCUAGUUUGAAUUAUAAAGUUACGUAUCUUUUAAAUUUAUUGUUAAAGAGGUAAAAAAUAAAUAAAUAAAAGCUUUGUCAUUGAAUUUUACGUAACAUAACUGCUAUGGAAGAAAUUAAGCGUACAAUGGAAGAGUUUGUGUUUCUGUCAAUGUUACCUUGACAGUUUGUGGUUACCAACUUAUUUUAUGACUUAUUACUUAUAAGUGUCGCCGCACACGGGCCGCACGCCACAGCCACAAACGCCGUCACGAGAAGCUAGAAGCGGCUACUAAAGUGGCUGAAGCGCGAGACAGCGGCCGACUAAGGCAAAGGAGAGAGGGGUGGGGAAUCGCGCGAGUGACGUGUGGCGGCGUUUUGUAUCGACGCAUUAAGUGGCCGGUGCGGGCCACAAGAAGCGAGCAACGACGAUUUGUAGCGUGUGGCGGCCACCGGCGUACCGUGUGUGGCGAGUCCAUAUAAAAUGUAUGAAAACUACAAGAAAUAUGCCGGUGGCGGCGUUUUGUGGUUGUUGUCGGCGGCCCGUGUGCGGCGACCCUAAGUAGCAACGGUCUAACAAUUUCGACUGUACCUGCGUUAAAGUGAAUCGCUGUUCUACCUCUACUGCAGCUGCUAACAGCCGCUCUAUCUUGAUCAUUCCGAGAUUAUUCUAGUCAUUUUUUAGUUAUAAGUUAAUUAUUAAAUAGGUAAUUAUAAGUAUUUUUGUACAUAAAUAAAAUAUACAUUUGUAUCAAUUCUGGUGUACUAUUUAUUUUCCUCUCAACAAUUUCACAAAUAAUUUGCGACCGGUUCCUUCCUAGUUACCUACUUAUUUGCAUUGCAAAAAUAAAAACUCAAAAUUCUUCAAAAAUUACACAACGGCACACAGAACACAUAAAGAGGUUAGAAGAGUCUUGUGGGCGGAGCAGCGCGCCACAGAAAUGUGUGAGCAAAUGCUCAUAACUUGGCCGAAACUUUGUUCUGAUUGCACCGUUGCUCUCGGUUGUGAGCACUGAUUGGUUCGAUUGUUUGAAGUAGCGUCGUUUGAUUGGCUAUAAUAUAUUAGGUGGCGGCGACACAUCGGUUCCCGUACAAACGGUUUAUGAUCACCCUUCUCACCUCUUUCUGUAUUCUGUCUAACAAGUGGAUAAAUAAUCCACUAUGCAAACUCAGGAUGGGUUGGUACGUACUUAUAACUGCAGAUACAGCCUGAGCAAGGCUUAAAGUGCUUUCAGAAGCCCAAAACAAUAUAUAGCCAAUAUAUUGUCUUGGACUCCUCAGUGCUUGUUUGCUGCCCAUCCGAUCUUUCAUUGUGGAUACCUUUAGUUUGUUUGGUAUAACUGUUCAGUGAACGGUUGUACCAAACAGCAAAUAAGAAUUAUUAUAAUAAUGCCAAUUUCUAACAAAAUCAGUAUGAAAAAUUAAUAAAAAAAAAGGAAACAAUUUGGGAUCAGGCUUUUUGAUUUUAUACAAUCAGUUUAUAAUUAGAUAUUUUCUUUUUUUCCAAUUAGGUACUUAAUUUAAUUGAAUCAUUUAACAUACUUUUUUUUUAUAAAUUUCAUAAAUUCUGUAAAGUACAUAUUAUGCCAUUGUAAUAUUUACUAUACUUCGAAUACGCUUAGACAAAGUUUUAACUUUUUAUUAACUAUGUAGGUACCUAACUGUUUUUUACCUACUUAUAAACUCGUUUAUUAACAAACUUACUACCCUGCCCUGUUUAUUUACAAAUUAACUAAAACUGAAGAGUUUAUUUUAUAUUGGACUUUAUUACAAUACCUAUAAUAAAAAUACUUAAUAAUAAUAAUUUAUUGGCACCAUAAAAAUUGUACACAAUCUAAUAUAUAAAAUUCGAGAAUUUUGUCGCGGUGUUUGUGGUUAAACU